AACACGCUGGAAUUGACAGCAAGGGUUAUCUAGACGUGCUUAACUGAUAAAACCUAACAUUAUACCUGUGGCCAAACACUGGUGACUAUUUGCGCUAUUCGAAAAGUCCUUCCCAAAGCGUGAUGAAGUCAAAAGCGGAGAUGGGUUUGAAGAUAUGUGUCUUGUCAGCUCUUGUCGUAGUGGCGCUCGGAAAAGGGCCACCAGCAAAAGAAAGGUGUGUCAACAGAACAAAACGUUACACAAGGACUAUCAACAUACCAGAGCGGGUCUGUAGAUAUGUGCCAAGCGUGCCCUUUGCUUGGCUACGUGAAGGUCAUCGACACCAAUCACCCAGGCCCAGUUUGUCAACAACGUAUAAAGUACGGGAUAACAAGCUCAUAGCUAAAGAGCUCAUGAAAUCUUUCCCGGGUCUGUUCUUGGACAAGAAAACUGCCAACGAAUUAAACACUAAGCUGAAAAAGGAAAGCAUUCGUCCAGGCAAGCCUGUUCGCCCAGUCAACCCCGCGAUUCGCCCAGAGAUUGAGAAAGGGAUUAGGCCAGAAAAAUUUCCCAACGUCGAACAUGAUGGGGAUCUGCACUGUCCAACGUUCCGUGAAUUGUCCCAAGCUCCGAGUAACCUAAUGAAUAUUAAUAGCGAGAGCAGGGACAUUGUCCACUUUGAUUCCGAAGACGUGUAUCAGUACGUCCACAAAGGAAUUUGUGGGUCUUCUUCCACUCAGAGCUGUAAUGGUGGUUCGUGUUUACAAGAAAAGUCCAUUGUGUACCUAAUGGUAUGGAAAGACGACCCAGAUUGGCCAACAGGAUUUGAGCCAUUUGAAGUGGACUCGUACUGCUCCUGUAAGAGCAUAUCGCCUUAGGCAAUCCUACCAACCCAGCCUUUAUCUCUGCUACUUAUAACUUACCAUCCCUCACUGUGUGGGAAUAGAUUCAUUCAUGACGUCAUCGCCAAGACGUUUGACUUCACCCCAAUUUCUCUGGGUCGUAUUUUUCUCUCCCCACCCCUUUUUUUUAAACUUUAAAGGUCUUGUAGUAAAUUUGUUACAUCUUUGCGAGGGACUUUUAAAUCCCUUUAUAUAUGUUAUGCACCUUAUCCUGGGUAAAUUAUUUUGUAUGUUUGUUAAUUGUGUAGUAAUUAUUUGAAAUUCGUAUAAUUAGUUUUUUUUGUUAAUUACUCGUAUAUAGGAAUAUGACAAUUAUAGCCCGCAUUGCCAAGUGUCUCAAUAAUAUGCGUGAUGAAUUGCCGGUGGCGUUGUGUUCCGAUUGUUUAAUGUUUUACAUGUUUUCGCUUCGGGCAUGACCACAAUCACUGCUAUCUUUGUGACCAGUCCACUCCUAUGUCAUAUCUAUUUAUGUAGCGUCAUGCUUUCACUUGUCUCAUCUUCAUCAAUCCACGCAUUCAUUAAAAUACUGAAACAUUC